AGGAGACACGUGCCCUUGGUGGCUAUCAGAGCAGCGCCUGCCAAGGGCACCCCAAGGGUGUCCUGGGGGCCCCCCGGGUGCCUGGGACAGGGAGGAGGCGUGAUAGCAGGGGAGCGCCUGGGGACAGCCCCGUGUUUGGAGAGCUGAUAAGGCCUCCUGUGCCUUUGACGCCCAGGAGACUAUAAGACCGAGGGCCACUGCCCCGUCCCAGCAGGAGCUGGCAUCACCGGGGACAUGGCCGCGCUGCAGGAGAAAAAGUCCUGCAGCCAGCGCAUGGCUGAGUUCCAGAACUACUGCUGGAACCCCGACACGGGCCAGAUGCUGGGCCGCACCCCGAUCCGGUGGGUGUGGAUCAGCCUGUACUACGUGGCCUUCUACGUGGUCAUGACGGGGCUCUUUGCCCUGUGCCUCUACGUCCUGAUGCAGACCAUUGACCCGUACACACCUGACUACCAGGACCAGCUAAAGUCACCAGGGGUGACCCUGAGGCCGGACGUGUACGGGGAGAGAGGGCUGCAGAUCUGCUACAACGUCUCCGACAGCAGCUCCUGGGCGGGCCUCACACACAGCCUCCACCGCUUCCUGGCAGGCUACUCCCCCGCGGCCCAGCAGGACAACGUCCACUGCACGUCAGAGCAGUACUUCUUCCAGGAGAGCUUCAGGGCUCCCAACCACACCAAGUUCUCCUGCAAGUUCACCGCAGACAUGCUGCAGAACUGCUCCGGCCUGCCGGACCCCGACUUCGGCUUUGGGGAAGGAAAGCCGUGUUUCAUCAUUAAGAUGAACAGGAUCGUCCGGUUCCUGCCCAGCAACGACACAGCCCCCCGAGUGGACUGCACUUUCUUGCUCUCCAAGGUGCCCCAGUGUGGAGAGACCACUGCACCAUGUCGCCUUGUCCUCUUACUGGAUUAUUUACAGAAGUCUCUCAGGUCCCUAACAGCCAUGGCCAUUCAAUCAGGCCAGUAGGGGACUGCUGGGGGGUGGCAGGACGCUCGGGCAAAUCCCAGUUUUUUUCCCAAAACCACUGCCACUGACAUAUUCUAGGGUCUGUUUUUAGCACUGAGCUGCCCACAGGUCCACAUGUGGCCUUCGGCCCACCGACAGGACACGUCCCACCAGGUGGCCCUCUGUCCUCGCAGGGCAGGCGGGUGGGAGCAGUCUGUUUGGGCUUUCUCCUGGGUGGUGCGGGCAUGGUGUGGCCGGCUGGGAGCAGCACGGGCCAGGCCCCUCGCUCGUUCUCUGACGAGCUUGGGCUCCCCCAACGAGCCCAACAUGUGCCGCAAGGAGGCGCGGACACUCUGGAGAGCCACCGACCCCAAGCCAGGACCCCGGGCAGGCACGUGAACGCCUGUGCACAGGCUCCACCCGGCACCCACUCAGCCCCGGCUC